GUCUGGUGACAUGUGUUUUCAUGUUGUUCUCCUUUAAUAUCAUCAUUAUAAAGUGGUUUGUUCGGAGCGCAUAUAGUUUGAACUGCACUUUUAUGAACGCGUUCAUUUAAACGGGCUCAUCAUCACACCGGAUCUCUUUUAGACGGGACUAUAAAUGAAAGACAAAGACACUGACCGACCCUCUUCAAAAUCCAAUCUGAUGGACGUGAAGGUGAAAAGUGAAGAACUGAGUGAAGUGGAGGAGAAACAUCAUGAUUUCAUCACUGGAGCAACAUCUUUUGCAACAAGUUGCUCUCAGACUGAAAAUGUCUUACAUAACAGAACUCAACAAGCAAAAGCCAUAAAUGCUUUCACCUGCCCUCAUUGUGGAAAGACUUUCACACAAAAAGAAACACUUGAGACCCACAUGCGAGUUCACACUGGAGAGAAAGCGCAUGCAUGUGAUCAGUGUGGAAAGACUUUCAGACAUAAAAAAAGCAUUAAGAGGCACAUAAGAAUUCAUUCUGACGAGAAUACUUUUACAUGCCAACAGUGUGGAAAGAGUUUCACACAAAAAGCAACACUUCAGAAACACAUGAAAGUUCACACUGGAGAGAAACCGCAUGCAUGUGAUCAGUGUGGAAAACGUUUCAGACAAAAAACAAACCUUAAGAGGCACAUGAGAGUUCAUACUGGAGAGAAGCCGCACGUAUGUGAUCAGUGUGGAAAGAGUUUCGCGUCUAAAAAAGGCUUUCAGAACCACAUGAGUUUUCAUACUGGAGAGAAGCUGCACACGUGUGAUCAGUGUGGAAAGAGUUUUGCGUGUGAAAGAAACCUGAAGGAUCACAUGAGAAUUCACACUGGUGAGAAGCCAUACACGUGCGAUCAGUGUGAAAAGAGUUUCAGACACAAAGAAAACCUUAAGUUUCACAUGAGAGGUCACACUGGAGAGAAACCUUUCACAUGUGAUGUGUGUGGAAAGAGUUUCAUACGAAAAGAAACAUUGAAGAGUCACAUGAGAAUCCACACCGGAGAGAAGCCAUACGCGUGUGAUCAAUGUGGAAAGAGUUUCAACCAAAAAGAAACAUUGAAGAGCCACAUUAGAGUUCACACUGGAGAGAAACCUCUCGUAUGCUAUCAGUGUGGUAAGAGUUUCAACCAAAAAGAAACAUUGAAGAUCCACAUUAGAGUUCACACUGGAGAGAAACUGUUCACAUGUGUUCAGUGUGGAAAGAGUUUCUCGUGUAAAAAAGGCAUUUGGAGGCACAUGAGAGUUCACACUGGAGAGAAACCUUACACAUGUGAUCAGUGUGGAAAGAGUUUCACACAUAAAGAAUCCCUUAAGAUCCACAGUAGAGUUCACACUGGAGAGAAACCUUUCACAUGUGUUCAGUGUGGAAAGAGUUUUGCAUAUAAAAAAGGCCUUUGCAGGCACAUGAGAGUUCACGCUGGAGACAAACCUUUCACAUGUGAUAAAGGUGGAAUGAGUUUCACACAUAAAGUAAUACUCGAGAAUCACAUAAGGAUCCACACCGGAGAGAAGCCACAUUCAUGA